ACGGUUGUGGUUACUCAAUUUUUCUAAAAUAUUAAACUAUUCAUUGAAGUAUUCAAUAACUUUUUGUCUCUUUACUCCAUACCCUGUAGUAUAUUCGUAUAGAGUACGGAUUACGGACAAGUAUGGUGAUUACUGAGUGCUGCAUUGCUGUAUUCGUGAUACAAGUAUAAUAAAACUCUUCGACACUGAAAGUCUGAGUUCUUGUUAUUCAGUGUUAUUUCUCGAUCUUGUAUAAUUCUUGUUGGUGAAGGAUAGAUCCGAUAAACGGAAGUUAUACAAAUGUUGAUAACGUUCACAUCGUUUUCGUUUGUUUAUUGUUAUCUAUAAUAAGUAUUAAUAUUAAUUCACUCGCGUCUCGUGAUUUUCGUCCGUUCAUCUAUCGUAGAUAUAUUUCGUAAGUUCGUAACACCGAAUAUACCUUAAUAAAAUAAAUAUUAUAAAUAGUCAACUUGACGGCUGACACGUCCUGUGGACCUCGUAUAUUUCAGAAUGUGAUUUGACCCAGUUAAAUUUAAUCAAUCGCGUUUUCACAUAUAAGUUUUACACAUCUGGAAGGUGCCUACAUCAAAAACGUAAUGAAUUCCAAAAGGUUGAACGGAGAUUCAAAGGUAUCGCAUGCACUCGUUCAGGAUACAAGAACUGGAGAAGUCUACGAUGUGAAGACUGACAGUGACUUUCUCUUCGGACGCUUUCUGAAAUCCUCAAUAGUAAUUGAAGAACUAUACAUUUCUCGCUCUCACUCUACCAUUAGAUAUGAAAAUGAUAAAUUUCUCCUUAAGGACAACAACUCAUGCACAGGUACAUACUUGAAUUACAAAAAAAUUUCCAAGGAAGUUAUAUUACAAAAUGGAGACCUUAUCGCCUUUACGGAUAAGAGUAAGACCUGGGAUUUUGUAUACAAGUUUUGCUUAUUAUCAAAUCCUACUAAGAAACUCAGAUUAGAAGAAGAAAAUUCUACUGUGGAGGAAAAUGACAAAUUCAAAUUCUCAAUAGAACAACUUGAGAAUCAAGUAAAAGAAUUAAAAAUUGCUAAAACAAAUAUCAUCAAUGACUUUAAAGCUCAAAUGGAUGAAUUAAAAAAAUCGGUUGAUAAUGCAACAGAAUUAAAUAACAAGACCAAUAAUGAAAUGAUUAAACUACGAGAUCACAAUCGAGAGUUAAAUAACGAUUUGACUAUUUAUCGCAGAAGAUGUAUGUAUCAGAAAGAAUUGUUGGACACACAAAUUGCUAAAGAAGAAGACUCUGUGGAAACACUCAAAACCCAAAUUAAUAAACUCUUAGAAAAUGAUUUUCAAUGUGCUAUUUGUAAUGAAGUGGUCUUUCGGCCAAGUAUAGCUAAUUGUGCUCACACUUUCUGCGAAGGCUGUCUCAAAUCAUGGUUAUCUAGAAGCAAUCAUUGUCCUACCUGCCGAAGCGUUGUAAAUUCUACAACUUACUCUCUUUCUUUGGAUAAUUAUAUCACAAACGUAUGUGACCUUCUGGGUGGAACAAUAAAAGAACAACGUCUUACUCUACAAAGUGAAAGGAAUGGGCAUCCACCUCAAGUGGCUAAAAGAGGUAGAAAAAGAGCGGCAAAUCAAUCAAGUCGCGGUAGAAGAGAACCGCCGCCGACAUAUGAAUUAAUUGAUGACAACCCUACCAGAAAUAAUUCUAGAUUUACUAACGGGUCACAUAACAUUAUUGACAUUGUAGAUCUUACAAAUAAUACGUCUCGGUAAUUUUAAUUAUUUUAUGUAAUAUUUUGAGUAUACUGAAAUGAUUAUUUUAUGUCUGAUCACUCAUUUGCAACUUAAAAUCACUAAUUUCAUAAGUCAAUGAAAUCUUAGUGCAUUCAUUUAUAAUGAUAAGGCACCUAUGUUCAAACAUUUUUUUUUUAAAUUUAAGUUUAGUUCUAUAUUUAAUGUAGACUUAAGAUUCAGUUAGAAACAUAAUAUUCUUUUAUACUUAUAUAAAAAUGUUUAAUAAAAGUAUUCUAUAAUAAAUAUUAACUCUGAUCUUUGUAUUAUUAAAAUAUUUAGUAUACUAUUAUAGUAUAUCUACUGUUUUUAAUUUGUCAUUGACUAUUUCCACAUUACAAUAACAUUUAUUCAUUAAUCAGGUAUCAAUUUAUUAUAAAACAAAAA